CGAUAAGUCCCGCGGUCACAUUGCUACACAAAAUUUUGCAAACAAGCAGGCGACGAAUUAUUUUGAAAUAAUAACAAAAAAAAGCUAUGGCGUUUAGCUAAGGCCAACACUUUCACUUGCCCGUCCAUCUGGGGAAGAAAGCAAUAGUGUGGUUCUUCAGCAUAGCAUAUAUUCGUACGCACCUUCGUCCCAUAUCUUUGAGUGAUUGUGUUUGCUCAUUAGCUUCCCAGUGAAUCACUAAAAAAAAAGUUAAUAACACAACACGCAGCGGAGAUAAGGAAUAGUGCGCUCCCGCCCGCCCUCACUCCAACCACCGACUAACCGCAGCCCAUUGAGACGGCGACAGAAGCAGCCCCACAAGUUGUCCCCACGCACGAAGACAACAGGGCCAACGAGGAAUUGGCAGCCAACGUAUUUGGUUGCAUCAAUAGAAUGGGCAACGACGAUCUCCGGCGGAGAAAGACACCUUGCGGUUUUUGCAUGGCUGUGUUCAAGUGGAUUCCGGUUGUAUUCAUAACCGCCGUGAUUGCAUGGUCCUACUAUGCCUAUGUGGUGGAGCUCUGCAUACGCAACUCCGAGAACCUUGUGGGGAUGAUUUUCAUGCUGUUCUUCUACCACAUAGCCCUGAUACUGUUCAUGUGGUCCUACUGGAGAACCAUAAUGACAUCGGUUGGCCGAGUGCCAGAUCAAUGGCGGAUACCAGACGAGGAAGUAACUCGCCUGUUCCGUGCGGAUAACCCAGAGACGCAGAAACGUAUUUUGAACAGUUUUGCGCGCAGUUUGCCAGUAACCAAUCGCACAAUGAACGGCUCUGUUCGGUUUUGUGAAAAGUGUAAGAUCAUCAAGCCGGACAGAGCGCAUCACUGCAGCGUGUGCAAUAGCUGUGUGCUCAAGAUGGAUCAUCACUGCCCCUGGGUGAACAAUUGCGUCAACUUUUACAAUUACAAAUUCUUUGUAUUGUUUCUGGGGUACGCGCUCAUCUAUUGCCUGUACGUCGCAUUCACCACGCUGCAUGAUUUCGUUCAGUUCUGGAAGGUAGGUGCCUACGAAAAUAAUGGUUACUCGGAACAGGGCCAGUUGAACGGCAGUGGCGUGGGCCGUUUUCACAUCUUGUUCCUGUUCUUCAUAUCCAUCAUGUUUGCCAUUAGCUUGGUGAGCCUGUUUGGCUAUCACAUCUACCUUGUUCUGGUCAAUCGCACCACCCUGGAAUCUUUUCGAGCACCAGUCUUUCGCGUCGGCGGUCCGGACAAAAACGGCUUCAAUUUGGGCCGCUACGCCAACUUCUGUGAGGUGUUUGGCGACGACUGGCAGUACUGGCCUUUGCCCAUCUUCACCAGUCGUGGUGAUGGCUUCAGCUAUCCAACAUCCAGCGAUCAAAGCGGCGAGGCGCCACCCGUCCAGCGAUACGCUGCCAUGGGCGACACGACCACCAACAGGUUAGAUGGCAAUCCAACAGAUAAGUUGAUUGACGCUAUUCCCCUCGACACCACACCCAAUAACCAUGAUCAACCACCUCAACAUCAACAUCCACAUCAAGUAAGAAGCCAGAUCCAAAACCAGGCGCAGCCGCCCCAAGCGCGUCACCAGGCCCGUCCAAAGUCGCUAAAUCUGCAACCCGCACUGGAACUGCCAUUGGCAAACGGCAAAUCGUCAAACUGCAGCACGGCAGUAGUCCCGUCUAGUCAGGUGGUUGUUGUCAAUGUUGGCACCCUGCCAGAGGAUGCCAAUGGCGGUGCGGUCAUCAUCGAUAUGGUGGGCGAUCAUAGUGGAGCUGCUGCUGGUGUUGCCGCUCCCAAGGACGCCUACCGCCAGCCGAAUGGUGAUGUCCCACAGAAGUAGACCCUGUAAACUUUUUAGACACGUAUCCCAUGUAUGUUUGUUGUAUAUCUGUGUAAACUGCCAGAACUGUUGCACUUGUGGCCUGUCAUCGUUGCAGUUUUUAUUGAAAUGUAUGUAAUAUACCACUAAGUUACCUCUAUAUACAUAUGUAUGUAAUGUAGCCUCUGUGGCUGCUGGGAACCACACUGGGGGACCAUACCACCCACAAAAGAAAACAUGAAAACACCCCAAAUAGACAUCUAAGUAAAUGUGUAAGCAAUAUGUAUGUACAAUAUGUUUUAUAUUCACUGAGAGCCACUUAUCAAAGUUUGUAUGGAAAAUGUACUGGAUGUACAAAGCGAAUGGAAUACCUGGCAAUAUUAAUUGUAGCGUAGGGAUGAGCCCUAUACCUGAAUGUAGGCAAAUGAUAAGGUAUUUCCUAGGUAGGACCCCUCAACAUUCACUUAAUCGUGCCCAUCUCUGGGGUGGUGACCCCGAUUAGAGUUAGAGUUUCACUAUUGAACCACCCGCCACCACCCAUGUAGAUAGAUAUCAGCCAAUCUCCAAGACUUAAACAAUGAGAUUUCAGCAACCCAAUCGAAACAUGCACCACACAGAGAAUUUUAAAAACGAUUUAGGCAUUUCUUAUUGCUUUUAAUGAAUGUAGUUAGUUGGUAACUUAUUGCAAGUUAAUUUUGGGUAGCCUUUUUUUAUACUUUUGAUAUGAUGUUUAGUUAUUUUUCUAUAAUUUUUUUUAUAUUAUUUUAAUAUUCGCUUUUAUUGAAUUUCUUUCUGUAAGAAGGUAUGAAAUG